AUGAUCAACCACCUCUUCGCAACCAUCCUCUUCCUCCCACUGGCCUACGCCAUGGACAAACUAGACAAGACGGUCAACCAAGACUUAGUCUCACGCCUCAAGCUCGCAGCCACCGUCUACGACAGGCACAAUAUACUCACUAAAGACGAAGAUUGGAUCUACGACUUCAACUCCGCGGAGCCCACCGACUCUUUCAAACCAGGAAGCGUCAAGAACGCCAACGCAGCGACCUUCCCUGCCAUGGUAGGCCAUGGCAUGACCAUUGCACAACUCAAAUUGGGCCCUUGCGCCAUGUUGCCUGCCCAUUACCACCCGCGCGCAGCGAACAUGGUGGUCGCUAUCACGGGUAACACGACGACGUGGAUGGUCAAUGAGAAUGCGGUCAGGACUGUGUCUACGACCCUGACGCCGGGGAAGAUGACUAUCUUUCCUACGGGCAGCAUUCACAGCAUGCAGAACAAUGGCUGCGAUGACGCGUACCUCAUCAGCGCACUCAACAGUGAAGACACAGGCACGAUGAACAUCGUCAACGGCCUGUGGAGUAUACGCGAUGACAUGAUACGCGCUGCAUUUGGCAAUCCCACUCUGGAUGUCAAGACCACAGGUAAAGACAUCCCUGAGGUGGGCACCGGAUCCACAUACGGUAGUGACGAGUGCAUGAACCGGUGCGGUAUCAGUAAGGGAAAAACCUGA